CCAAACAAAGGAACGACUGACAGCUGGCCAUUCGAUUGAUCAAUUCACUGAUCGCAACAACGACUCUAUCGCGGACACAGAAGCUUGCGGGCCUUGAUCGCGAAGAUCAGAACAACAUCGCACAUCGAAAACUCCGCUACCGCCUCGACCGCGACGAAACCCCCUUUGCCUGACAGCAUCAGUCAGCAUGGCCGCCAUCAUGGGCGGAGAUGGCGCGGGCGCUCUACCGCUAGAGCAAUGGUUCUUCGAGAUGCCCGUGUGCACGCGAUGGUGGACCACAGCGACAGUCGUGACAGGUGUCUUGGUACAAUGUCAAGUCCUCACACCCUUCCAGCUGUUCUACAGCUUCCGCGCCGUCUUUCAUAAGCAGCAGUUCUGGCGCCUCAUAACAACAUUCAUCUACUUCGGCCCACUAUCGCUCAACCUCGUCUUCCACAUAUUCUUCAUCCAACGAUAUGCGCGAAUGCUCGAAGAGUCGGCAGCUUCGGUCGCACAUUUCAGUUAUAUGCUCGCAUAUACGGCUGUUACACUACUCGUCGUCGCCCAACCGCUUUUCAAUCAAGCUUUCCUCGGGACGACGCUGAGCAGUACAAUGGUCUACAUCUGGGCGAGGAGGAAUCCGGAUACGCGGCUGAGCUUCCUCGGCUUGUUGACCUUCACUGCGCCAUGGCUGCCAUGGGUGUUGAUCGUCUUCAAUGUGGUGUUGCAUGGACAUUGGCCGAAAGAUGAGCUGUGUGGAAUUGCUGUGGGACAUGUCGUGUACUUCUUCAACGACAUCUAUCCUUCGACGCACGGUGGUCAUCGGCCACUGGAUCCUCCGCAAUGGUGGAUCUCGCUCUUCGACAGACGACCGCUAGCCGCACCCGAGACAGAUGUGCACGCAGCGGCUCUGAACAGAGACAUUGCUGCACCUGCUGUGCCGAACGUCGGUUGAUUACAGUCUUGCACAUAUCAUGAAUGAACGAAUCUACUUGUCCCUGUAAACUUGUCAUCGGUGUACCUUUUCUUUGAAAGAGCAAGUGCACUUGUCU